AUGUCCUAUGGUGAUCUUGCCCGUGGCUUACACCUCCAAAACCCCCUGAUUGAUUUUUCAAACCUCAAUCUCUCAAACGAAAACUACCUUUUCGACUCGGACUAUUUUUCCUAUCUCGUUGACUCGCCUGAAAAUAUGCCUUCCCCUGAAAUGCGCGACAUUGAUUACUUUCCUCAUCGUGUUUAUGUCAUUGGCGGCAAUUGUACCGGCUGCAUUUUAUCCGCGGCUGAUUACCACUGCUCUUCCUGCGGUACCGGCUCCGAUUCCUGCUGUGGCACGCGUCUUCGUUCGACCGUCUCGGUCCGUCGGCAUAAUACCCACCCUCGCUCCAAACACCCUUAUACCCGGCGCCAUGCUUCGUCUAAAAUGCAGCGUACUCGUUCAUUGACCGAUAUUAAUAAUUCAAAUGUUCCAACCCCUUCUCCCCUACGUCAAUCUGCUGUCUCCAGUGUAGGUGCCGGACAGUUGUGCGAGUCUUUCGAGUCCGCACAUUUGCCGGGCACAUUCAAUCACCCGACUCAGCCCAUCCACACCCCAUCGACUAUUAAACCCCAUGUCUUGAGAUCGAUUCUCACCACUCCAUCGACCCGUCCGUCGACUCCCAGUUCCGUCACUCCGACGACGAUUCAUCCUUCUCGUAUUCUUGUUGCGCCCGCCAGCGCCAUCAGUCCCAUCUCGCCAGUUCGAGAACGGGGAUUUUUUGGGCGACCGAUGACCCACGGCCAGUCUGCUAUUGGGGAGGCCACAAGCGGUGUCGCGGCCAGAUCAUAUGAAGGAUCAAAUGAAGGAGAUGACGAUGAUGCAAGGACGGAAAUGGGAUCCCCGGAGGAGGAUAUGGAUCACGUGGGGCCGGGGGGUGGCGGCCCAACUAGCAUAAGGCUCCCACCGAUUCAAAGCCUUCCGCCCAUGGCCACCCAACCCAUCUACCCCGGACCAACCACGAUCUCCCAAGAGUUGUUGCUCUACGGCCCUGCGGGCGUUACCCCCGCCCCAGCCGAACUUCAGCGAAACAAUGUCCACGACAAGUUGCCACCGGUCCCAGCGUUUGGACCUUCUCGCCAAGCCACCUUUUUUGGCAUUCAAAAUGUGCCCGUUGCGGACGGGACCACCAGAUUUGCGACCAUGUGUGCCCCCGGUGUCCGUCCUGUCCCAAGUUCUCGCCCGGUCUAUCCUCCUGCUGGACUCGGCGACCAAUUCAACGAAUGGAAAGAACGCCAACGCGCCAAGGAACGUGCCGAUAUCGUUGUUAAAGAUGGCGACCUUACCCCUGUGGAACGUGCCGAAAUGGACAAGCGCAUCAGCGCAUCGGCCAUGUCGGUCAAGGUGAUUAAUCAUAUAUACUACGGCGUGGACGACGUCCCCAAGACUCGCUCUCCGACGACUUUGAAGCGUCGACUUGACGAGGACGAGGAUACGGUACCGGGACCGGCGGUAAGUACCCGAGCCGGCUCUUCACGCGAUACCGCGUACUGGCCUCCGACCCCGGCAUCGAUGCCCGCGUCCCCCGAAAGCCCUCGUACUCGCCGCGGGCGCCAACGUGCCUCGCUCCGCAAAGAAGUCCUCGGGAUCGAGACUGCGGCCGUCCCCGCACCCGCACCCGUCACCGUCGAGCGCGAAGAACGCGACCAACAAGACCCGACUCGGGAUCACCCACACGUAGCGUUGGCUUAUUUGGCUGGAGCUAAACCCGAGAUUCACAGAGAACUUCGUGCAGCUGCAGAAUGUCAAGCUGAUCUAGCUAUGAAAAUUGCUGGUUCGAUUACCCGCGCAUAUUCGCGAAGCUUUGCCCGCUAUGGAUUGGAUGGGGGUGACUUUACGCCUUCCCCGUUGAUAGAUCCCCGGCGUACUUUCCUGGCCUCGUUGGUUCUCGCAUCCAAGUUUUUGCUUGACAAGGCGUUUUCAAACAAGGCGUGGGCAAAAUUGAGUGGACUUGAGGCUCUUGAAGUUGGCAAGUGUGAACGUGCUUUGGGGUCUGCUCUCAACUGGCGUCUUUGGGUCGGCCGUGAGGUCUCUCGCGAGUUUGGCUCCUCGGCAUCUGAACAACCUCCGCUCCACCUCAGCAAAUGUUGUCCCCGCCAUACGCACGACAAGUUCGACACCGACGCUGUAUUCCGACUCGGAACCGAUGCGCUCCAGGGAUACGAAGACCUCGGCCAAUGGACCGCGACUCCAGAGUAUUUCGAUUCGAACGAACCGGCCGUAGUGGACCACGAUGGAGAUUUGCAACGUGCUGCGAUGAGCUCUGAUUUGGACGCUCGCUCGCGCGCCGCAUCUAGCGCCAAGGGCGUUCGUGCCAUGAACUCCUCGGACGCUCGCGUGCGCGCGACGAUGAGCUCCAACGCUGAUGCUCUCCCGCCUUGCUCUCAUUCCCGUCCAAGUCUGCACUCUAUUCGGUCGUUUGAUCGCCCUCCUCUGCGUCACGCUGUUUCUGACAUGGUCACGCCCCAGACGGAUAGCAUGGGUUGCGCGCAUGCUGCGCCGAUCUAUGUCGAAGUCGGCCGUGAGUCUCCGUUGGCGUAUGCGGUCCUUGAUCAGCCUUGGAAUGCUAUCAAUGCGUCGCACUGGGAUUUUGGAACCGACGGCGUUGUGGGUGCUUAG